GACACUCCUUAGAUAACGAGGCUUUAAGGCUCUUUUCCUUCCGGGUUCUCUCUCCCUUUCUCUGCGUGCUGGUUUCGACUUGGGCUAUGUGGUGUGAAGAAGGGGCGGGGUCCCUCCUCCCUUCGGCUCCGACUGGACGCGUCCACUCCGUGCUCGGCUGGAAUUCAGGGGUCCGAAGUGUCAGCUUUAGGCCUGGUGAAGUGUGGUGGCCCCAUGGCCCCCCUCGGAGGCGCCCCGCGACUGGUGCUGCUGUUUAGCGGGAAGAGGAAAUCCGGGAAGGACUUCGUGACCGAGACGCUGCAGAGCAGACUUGGAGGUAACAUCUGUGCUGUCCUGCGGCUCUCUGGUCCACUCAAGGAGCAGUAUGCUCGGGAGCAUGGCUUGGACUUCCAGAGACUCCUGGAUGCCAGCACCUACAAGGAGGCCUACCGGAGAGACAUGAUCCUCUGGGGGGAGGAGAAGCGCCAGGCUGACCCAGGCUUCUUCUGCAGGAAGAUUGUGGAAGGCGUGUCCCAGCCUGUCUGGCUGGUGAGUGACACACGGAGGGUGUCCGAUGUCCAGUGGUUUCAGGGGGCCUAUGGGGCCGUGACACAGACAGUCCGGGUUGUAGCCUCGGAACAGAGCCGCCAGCACCGGGGCUGGGUGUUCACACCAGGAGUGGAUGAUGCUGAGUCAGAGUGCGGCCUGGACAACUUCGGGAACUUUGACUGGGUCAUUGAGAACCAUGGGGAUGAGCAGUGCCUAGAAGAUCAGUUGGAGAACCUGCUGGAAUAUAUUCGUGCCAAACUUUCGUGAUCAGACUUCAGGGGCGAGCAGAGACGGCUGCCCUGGGAACACUGGUCCUGCCACACGCGGCUCCCUAGUCCUAGCUGAGGUCAGAGAGCAGACAGUCUGGCUCUCGAUUUCCAGAGGUAUGGGAAGGAUGCUCGUGAGCAGUGGGCAAGUUUGGAAACCUCUGGUGUGCUUGUCCUCCCUGGAGGGGACGCCCUCCUCUUCAGGACGCUUUCAGGGCUAAGGAGGCAGGAACAUUCCCAUGCCCAUGGAUGACCAGGCAUGCUGAGCUGUGAUGGUUUUGCUUCCCUGUGUGUGUGGUGUGCUCUCGGCCCUGGAAUCCCAAUAAACCUCCUUGGAACACA